AGGGGUCAGGCCGCAGCUUCUUUGUGCCCGCGUUGCCGCCGCCAUUUCUCUCCUCCCGCCUCCCCGAGUCCCGAGUCCCGGCCCCGACCCGACCCGACCUCCCCGCCCAGGCCCUCCCCGCCCGGACCUGGACCUGGACCAGUUCCCAUCCGUCGCCGGUCAGAGCCAGGGUCAUCGUUGCAACUCUGUCAUACGGAACAUCUGUGAUUCGCUGGAGAGAGCUACAGACUCCACCCAUUGGACUCAUCGACAUGGACGCCGGUGUUGAAGGAGGGCUGAAUGUCACCCUGACUCUCAGGCUGUUGAUGCACGGGAAGGAAGUGGGAAGCAUCAUUGGGAAGAAAGGAGAGACCGUGAAGAAGAUGCGAGAGGAGAGCGGAGCACGAAUUAACAUCUCGGAGGGUAACUGUCCGGAGCGCAUUGUCACUCUGUCGGGACCCACCAGUGCCAUCUUCAAGGCAUUCACCAUGAUUACUCACAAGUUGGAGGAGGACAUCAACAGUGGCAUGGCCAACAGCACGGCCUCGAGUCAACCUCCUGUCACCCUGCGCAUCGUGAUCCCAGCCAGUCAGUGCGGAUCGCUCAUCGGGAAAGGCGGCUGCAAGAUCAAGGAGAUCCGUGAGUCGACCGGAGCCCAGGUCCAGGUCGCCGGAGACAUGCUGCCCAAUUCAACUGAGAGAGCGAUCACCAUCGCCGGGACCCCGCCGUCCAUCAUCGAGUGCGCCAAGCAGAUCUGCGUGGUGAUUCUGGAGCAAUCUCCACCGAAGGGUAUAACUGUGCCAUACCGGCCCAAGCCCGUCUCCGCCCCCGUCAUCUUCGCUGGGGGACAGGCUUAUACCAUUCAGGGACAGUUUGCCAUUCCACAUCCUGAUCUCACCAAACUGCACCAACUGGCAAUGCAACAGACUCCCUUCACACCUGUGGGACAAACCAGUCCUGGAUACUCUGGUCUGGAUUCCUCCCAAACCAGUUCUCAUGAAAUUGCCAUUCCCAACGAUCUGAUUGGGUGCAUCAUCGGACGACAAGGCAGCAAAAUCAAUGAAAUCCGCCAGAUGUCUGGAGCACAGAUUAAGAUCUCCAACCCUGCCGAGGGGUCGACUGACCGACAAAUCACCAUCACCGGCUCGCCGGCCAACAUCAGCCUGGCUCAGUAUCUCAUCAACGCAAGUCUGGAGAACACCAAGCCCACCACCAGCCAGAAACCCUCGGCCCCUGGCCCGGACCCCCAGCUGGGCGAAGCCCCCACGGACCUCACCUCCAGCCCCGGUGCUCCCCCCGAGCUGCCGGGGGGGCUCUCCCUGCCCCUGCCCAGCUCCUCCCCACCCCCGCCACCCCCGCUCCCCCCCCUCACUGACACCCCCCCAGCCCCCAGGGCGGCGGGAUCGUCGAGGGGCGAGGAGGGGCUGCAGAGGGGGGCGAAGUUGCGCUUCUCCCCCUACUGAUGGACCCCUCCCCUCCGGGGGGGGGAGUGGGGCACCCCGUGACCCAUCAGACCCCCCUGCAUCCCCUCCCUCCACCCCCCAUGUGGGCACCGGGGUGUUGGAAACGCCCCCUGCUCCUCCCCCGAUCUUGUGGAAGUGGGGGUGAGGUGGGGUGGGGGGGGUGCAACCUGGAACGGGGGCAGAGCCGGGGAACGGGCCACUCCACCCAUCGGCUCGCUGCUGUAACCCGGCGGCCACAUCGAAACGACAGCCCGGGCCCCACGCUCAGGAUGAGGUUUGCUUCUGCCGACUGAGAGCUCGGGAUGUCGGUCGUUUCGCCGCGGUGGUGCAGAUCAAAGACGUAAAGACCACUGUAAGUCACAAAAAUAAAUAAAUAGUGCAAAAGA